AUGUCCCAAAAAUCCAAAUCCAAAUCACGACGCAAAACCCCAAAACAAGAACAAACCCCAACACCCCCAUUCCAAAACCCGACCCCACCAGAGUUCCAAUUCGCCAUCGCCAGGAUCGCGGUUUCUCAGAUCACCCAAUCAGUGGGAUUCAAAUCCACGAAGCCCUCCGCCCUCGAAACCCUAACCCACAUCGCCGUCAAGUACAUCGGCGCCGUAGCCUCCGCCUCGGCCUCCUACGCCGCCAUGACCAACCGCACCAAAACGAAUGUCUUCGACUUCGCCAAUGCCCUCCACGACUUGCAGUCAGUGCAGGGAUUCAUGGGUGCCUCCGCCCUCCACGAAAGUGGAUUCUGCGUACUGGGUUCGAGUGUUUUGAGCGAUCUCGCCGGCUUCGUGAGGCGGAAUCAGGAAACCCCGUUCGCCAGACCGAUUCCGCGGGGAGAGGAAUUGGGUGCGGAGGAAGGUGGGACUGUGAUUCCCAUUCCGCGGGAAUUGGAUUCCCGGAGGGGUUUGCAUGUGCCGAGAUGGCUGCCGGCGUUGCCUGAGGUGAAGAAGGCGGUUGGGAAGAGGAGGAAUGGGGAGGAGCUGUGGGAGAACGUGGCGGCCGGAAAUGUUGGCGAUGGCGGUGAAAGUGGGAGCGGGAAUGGUAAAGCGAUAUGCUGGGAAUCGGGGGUAAAGAGUAAGAGGGGGAGAGUGAGGUUUAGGAUAGGAGGAGGGAACGGAUGUGGAUUUGAGGAGUGA